AUGCGAGCGGGAUUGGAAGGCGAGAGGCUUGCCAAAGCUUACGGCAAUCCUGCCUUUGAAAAGUCUGCAAAGCUGACAGCUCAGGCAGCUAGCUGGGGUGUUGAAAACCCGACUCUAGCCACCUGUGCAGUUGCCGGCCUUACUGGCGUUGCUCUUCUGGCUGCCCCCGGCUGCGCAACAGCCCCAGCACUGUCGGCUAUAGGGUUCACGGCGGAAGGUAUACAAGCAGGGUCUUCAGCUGCAGCCUUCCAUAGUUCAAUCGGGAAUAUUGUACCCGGGAGUGCGAUUGCUCUGGCGCAGAGCGCUGGCACAGGGGGAUAUGGCCUAGCGGUUGUGAACGGGGUUACGCAGUUGGGAGGUGCUGCAAUGAUUGCGGGAAGUGCUGGCAUAGCAUGGGUCAAGGCUAAGUUAUGA